AUGAGAGCCCUGUCAGUAGCCCUAUUCUUCGUGCUUCUGGCUACAGCCUUCGCCUUAGAAUGUUACACAGGAUUCUCGGUGAUCCGUGGUCGAUCCGUUGGCACCAACACUGAGACCUGUAAGAAGUCAUCGGACCAGUGUUAUAAAAUGUCACUCGAAGUGAAUGCGGCCUCCAAGGUGAAGAUGGCCGGGUGCUCUACAGUACGAUGCAUGGUGAGUAUGGUCGGAUUGAUGUGUUGCUUUAACUUAGCAUGUUUGUUUGUCUUGUUCCGAACCGUGAUCUGGCCAGCCAUUAUGGCACAAGCGGAGUUUGGAACGGCCGCUUACAUGUCUAGUCUGUUGAGUUAUCGAUAAAUCUUUUGUAUAUUAUAGUAGGUUGGGGUGAGAAGGUGGUUCACUAUAGAAUUGAAUCUUUUUUAAAACCCGCCAUUCUCUUUACCACAACCUAAUGUGCACAUAAGCACACUUCAUGUACAUACACAGUUUUUUAUGUAAAUAUCACGUUCGGGUUGUUUCUUUACUGGUACGCAAAUCUAAUACCAUUGAUCUUGUAGUUGUGUGACAUUUGUUGUUGUUGGUGCUACAGAAUAAAUUUUAAAUGUUUUGCCGACUCUUUUUGUACAAUUGCUCUGGUUAUAGGUGGCUAAGAAUACCUGUACUUCUGCUCCGAUCAGUGGCAAGAUGGGGCAGAUCUGUUGCUGUUCCGGCGAUCUCUGCAACGCCAAUCAGCCAAAGUCGACCGGUGACAAGAUGGUCUCCUUGUUGAACGGUGUCAUCGCUGGCAAGAACGGAUAA